AUGAUGGGGUCUGACGGCUCAGCGGCGUUUGAAGCCAGCUUUGAUGUGCUUGAAGGUGGCAGGACCAUCUGCCAAAACAUCAUAAUCUACAUAGGCAAUGGCAGAGACUGUGCAUUGGACGGCGAUCUUCCUUGCUCGCUAAGAGGACCACAGGCAUCAGAGGAUCAACGUGUGGGAGGGUCGCAAGGGCCGGGAGACCGGCGCCUGCAGAAUGGCAUUCAGAAAUACCUGGAGGCUGUGGAGGUCAGGCAGCGUGCAUUGGAGGUUUCUUCCAGUCGAGCGGCGGUCUUCACUCUGACGAUGAAUGGCGCAGAUGAUGGCUUGGCGCGGCAGCUGGCCUGUGCCAAUGGGGGCGCAUGGUUCAGGCUGGAUGGUCGCGGUGAGCCCCUCAACAACAUGCCGGGCUAUUUUCAAUUCUUGGCAUUUGCCAUGGAGCCCGAAACGGCCAGGAGUGCCAUCUUUACGCCAACGAGGUCCGAUUUUCGGACACUGACUAGAAGAACAAACGUGGUGUAUCCAGUGUUUGUGAACCCAAGGUGUGCCAACGGAACUUCAUCUGAAAGCAAACGGCUGUACGCCGUCAUUGCCAAGGAGGUGGCACUGAGAGAACUGAAAGAAGACGGGCUGGGGGAGCAACAGGUGGAGAUCAUGGUCGACGAGAAUCUCAGAAGAGUGAGGGCCUGCAACGGGGCGUACAAAUAUGACACCUGCAAGCUACAGGAAAUGAGAGGGCCAUUGUCAGAGUGCCCAACCCGUUUGUGGCACCCAUCAGGCGCAGAAAAAUGUUUCGCAUAUAGGGGCAUGCAUUACAUUCUUGAAACGGCACCAACGGACUUUAUGAGGGCGCAGCAACGGUGCAAGGAUAUGGGUGGAUGGCUGGCGGAACCGAACGUUGACCAGGUCAAUGACGACUUGCACUUUUUGGCUUCGAUCGUGCCUCCGGAUGGUGCAUGGAUUGGCCUCCAGCCCGGCAACCCGUGGAAGUUUCUGAGCUCUUCCCUGGUGGUACCCGAUGGAUUGACAGCCCAUCUGUGGUUUCAAGAGCCCCCCAUCAUCGGCAGCUGCAGAGGGGGCUACGUCGAUCCACGGGGGACCCAUCGCAAUGUGUGGAGUCGCAUCUGCAGUCACAAAACGGCGUUUGUCUGCCAGUUCAAGGAAGCUGCGCAGCUCACGGCUUGCCAGGAAAAUGUGGCUGUGGUGCUGCCGGAGGAGCUGUGGAAUACGACUGCGGAAGGGUGUGCAUUCUCUGGUGGAUGCAUUGGAGGCAUUGAAAAGAAGUCGGUCAAUACCGCAACCAGUCAAAGCGUCUUCUGCGAUUUCGGCGAUCCCAAGUCAUACAAAGAUCUCUACUGCUGCUCAAAGGACGAACUCCAGGACGUCUGCGAGUUCAAUCUGACGGCCGAAGAAGGGCCAAGGGUUGCGGCUCAGCGAGGGGACUCGAAGGAAACAGCAACCCUUGCCGUCGCGCUGGCUGGGAUCAUCGCGGUUGGACUCCUCACCGUGCUGGCUUUGUUCCUGUGGCGAACGCAGCCAAUGAUUCUGUCGGCACUGUGCGACAGAUACCUCAAUAGAGGGGUCAGGAUCCAGGAGGAAAGUCAGCAAGACAUAGAGAGUCCACAGGGUCCAGAAAGAGCGGCAGUAGAACAGAGGGACGCCCAACUCAUGACCCUUCGAGCCUCGCUUGGUGAGCAAGAACGCCGGGCGCUCCCUUUCUUUGACGUGAAGGAUGUAACUGUUUUGGAGGGCGGGGAGGAGUUCGCUGGUGCACACGGCAGCGUGAAGAAGGGCACUUGGCGUGAUGAGCGCGGCACGCUGCGCAGUGUGGCGAUCAAAACAGUGAAGAUGGCUGGGGACGAGAGGUGCCUCGCGAUCAUUAACAAGGAAAUAGAGAUCUUGGCCAGGCUCCCCCAUCACCCCAACGUCGUCCAAGUGAUGGGCGUGCGUCCAGGUGAGGAGCCGGUCAUCGUGGAGGAGUGGAUGCCCAUGACUCUGAAAGACCUACUCAUGAAGACAGGGCCAGGCCCAAGCUACGGGAAGGUGGUGAAGAUCAGCCUGGACGUGACAAAGGGCUUGAGCCACCUGCACAAACACGGUGUGACUCACUAUGACAUCAAGCCAGCCAACAUACUCUUGGACGAUGAGCACAACGCCAAGCUGGCGGACUUCACAUGCGCUGUGUUCAGGACAUCUUCCGUGGUAGAAGCCAGGCGGUGUGGCACUUUGUGGUACAUGGCCCCGGAGUGUUUGCGGGAGGGGAUGGCUACAUCCAGGCCACGCGUUCGAGCAGAGAAGAUAGAUGUGUACAGCCUGGGCAAGGUGAUGUUGGAGUGCAUCACGGGAAGUACACUAGCAUGCCGAAAUGCAAGGGUGGCAGAAAACUGCCCACCGUGUCUAUGGGACUUGAUAUACAAUUGCCUUGAGGCCGAGCCUGAGGGCCGUCCAAGCUGCCAGGACGUAGAGCAGCGGCUCGAAGGCCUGCUGAAGGAAGGGGGAGGCGGCGAGGCAGAUUGGAGGGGAGAAAUACCCAACAGCAGCAUUUGGGGCGUGUCUGAAUGA